GUAUAUUUAGUCGUAGCUCGUAGCCGUGCUCUGCUCACAGUUAAACGUGAGGCACUUCCGCACUUGCACCAUGUCCAGUCCACCGCCGGACUCCGGCGGGUCGCCACCCGUGACCCCAUCUCCGACGCCGCCGGUUACGCCGGUGACUCCGGCUCCUCCGGACAAUCCCGUCGUGACGCCUCCGGUGGCCCCAGCGAAUAAUCCACCUCCUCCGGACACAAGCAUGUUUGCUCCGCCUCCUCCGGUGACUCCGUCACCACCGCCUCCGGAAGCCAUUCCUCCUACUCCGGUGACUCCAUCACCACCGCCUCCGGAAGCCAUUCCUCCUACUCCGGUGACUCCAUCACCACCGCCUCCGGAAGCCAUUCCUCCUACUCCGGUGACUCCAUCACCUCCUCCUCCGGCAGCAAUUCCGCCUUCGCCGGUGACUGCUCCACCACCUCCUCCUCCGGUAGCAAUUCCACCUGCAGUGCCUCCUCAGGCUGCAGCUGUUCCGCCCACUACCGCGAAACCCCCGACCAUCGCAAACCCUCCAGUGGAGCCCCCGGCAGACCCUCCAGCGGAACCCCCGUCGAAUCCACCUCCGCCACCUCCACCGUCGCCACCUCCACCAAGGCCGCCGACGCGGCCAAACCCGCCAAUAACACCGUCGCCAAACCCAACGCCAGUGACACCGUCGCCACCUCCACCAAGCCCCACGCCGACGCCAAACCCAACGCCGGCAACACCGUCGCCACCUCCAGCAAGGCCAGCUCCGACGCCACCCCCACCCCCGCCGACUGAUGAGCCACGUUCAUUCCCACCGCCGCCUGACGCCACGCCGCCACCUCCUGAAGACGCCCCAUAUUCGCCGCCGGCCCCGACUGACGCCCCAGCUGAACCAGCGCCUCCGCCGUCACCUCUAACGUGGUCUCCACCUCCUCCGCCGCUCUCAACGGACGCGCCGGCGACCUUGGCCAAGUCCUCGUCAAGCAGCAGGACAACGGUGGGCUUGGGCGUGGGCGUGGCCGCCGGGGCGGUGGUCUUGCUCGGCCUCGCGGCCGUCAUCUUCUUCUUCUUGGCCAGGCGGCGCCGUCGCCGUCGGGUGCGGCCGCCCGGGACUCCAGGUGCGUACGUGUAUAAAUUUGAGACAUACAGCGCGGGUGGGGGUGCAUUCGAUUGGAAAUUUGAGACGGAACAGGCACACGACAUAAACAAUUCAAACAUGUGUUCCGCCGCCACUGCUCCUCGGAAAAAGGGAAAAGUAGGAGCCAGAAGCAGAGCAACUUGGGCCCUGUUUGUUUGAGAUUUUUUUAGCUUAAUUUAAAAGUCCCUAGUCCCUACCCGUUUGU